AAUAUAAAACUGUUGCACUAUAAGAUUAGACCGUUUAAGGAGAUUUUUGUUGGGAGGGUAACUUGUUUUCGUCAUGAUUGUUUCUAAAAAGAAUGUUGUACUAUACAUUCAUUGGGCGUUUCUUUAAAUCUGGCAACCCUGUGGUCGUUUAGUUGUACAGUAACUUACUUGUUUCAGGACCCUAUUUUUGGUGCUUAAAUAAUUAUCUUUAAAACAUUCCUUUUAAAUGCACUGAAUGCACUGGAUGGACCAUCAGAUAACUGUAAGAGCUCAAGAGAAGGAAAGAAGGUUUGUGGCGCAGUUUUUCUGGUUAUUUUAAAAGAGUUGUCUGUCGAUAUAUGAUUUCCUUCACAACUGACAGCUUUCACUGAAAGUUCACGUUUGAGUUUUGUAUUCGUAGAGCAGACAUACAUUAGUGACCUAACAUGAGAUCGAUUUAUAUAGUUCAAGUAACGUUAUGGUACGUCAUCUACAAAUGGGUACCCUUCUUGCACCGCUUUUCAAAACAAAGUUAAUUAACUAUAGUAUAGAUUAGUUUACAAAUGAACUUUUUGACUUUCUUUUUUAAGUAGACGUAUUUGAAAGAAAUAUGGCGUAUAGUUGUGCAGAACUUAUCCAAGCUAAUGGGUAACCGACAUUUCAUAAUGGUUUAACUGUGUUUGUACAGUAUAUGACAGAAUUUGCGACUAUGCAUGCAAACGAUUCUUUAUGGAAACAUCUGUCUCUUAUUUUAAUCUUGGUUUUACAACAGUUCAAAAACAUGGUCAGUUAAACCGUGGCAACCACAAAGUAACGGAACAGCAGCAUAAAUAUCUCUGAAUUUUAAUGUACAUCAAAGGAAUCGAUCGCUGCUCCUGACUAAGUCAUUUGCAUUUCAAGGUUUUAUCUAUAUUUUAUAUAAACAGUGAACUAUGACUUAUUUUACAUUGGAUGAUUUAAUUUCUGUAGCCUAACUGCUAUACUGUUAGACCAACCUAAAACACAUUUUUAAUUUGUUAAGUUGUAUUUUUAUUGUUAUAGGCCUGUUUUAUUUUAUUUAUAUUUAUUAUUUUUAUUUGUGCUGUCGCUCAUAAUUUGAUUAUGUGUUCUUAUUUAAUUACUUAAGGUUUAUAGUUGUCUUUAAAAGUAUUUGAACAAUAUACUUUACGUUAUAGGUAAAAAACAACAAACAAAUACUUAAAAUAUUUAUUAUAUUUUUGUGGUAGGCUAUUUGAAUCACUGGGCCGACCGCAAGCCAGGAGAAAAAAGGGAGAUGGAGAGACAGUUUUCCUAGCGGCGUUCUAUACUCUCUCUGUUCCCGCCGUCUCGUUUCCUUGUUACUUUUCCAUCAGUGUAUCAUCCUUGUCACCUGUUCAUUGUCAUAACAUUGUCCUGGACCAGUUCAUUUUGUUCUUUGUCUUGUGUCCAGUGAUCAUUUAGAUUCCUAGAGCUUUCUAUAGAUGCAAGUCAAAGUUAGUGUAGUUAUCGUUUGCCUAUUGUCAUAUUGUCUUGUUUUGUAUUAAGUCUAUGUCAGUUUAAAUUUAGUUAGUCUUGUCCGGUUGUCCUGUUUUUCCCCAUUGUAGGUUUUUGUUUUCUGUUUUGUCUUUAUAAUAAAUCCCUUUUGUUAACCCUGCAUCAUCCAUCUCACUACCUGCGUUUGAGUUCUGCCCUGAUCCAUGACAAGUAGGCCUAUAUAAUCAGAAACAAAGUAACUACUUGAGUAGUUUAUUCCUUGCAUACUUUUUCCUUUUACUCGAGUAAUUUUUAAAAUAGCGACUUUACUUGAGUAUCUGUUCUCUAGUUACUUGUACUUUUACUUGAGUAAAGAUUUUGGCUACUCUACCAACCUCUGAAUAGGGUAAAACAUGGGGAAAUUUUGUUCCUAUAACCCGUUAAUGUUAAAAUGCCAGGCAUUAAAUUAAUGCAGUGAGGCCUUUUACAUCCAUGCCACCGGUGUCUGAGGCAAGGGGUGAGGCAAUAUGUGAGUUAGAAAAUGCCCCACCUGGUGCUUAUCUUGACUUCAUACAAAAUACACAAAUAGAAUUUUUAAUGCACAAAAUACAUUUCGACCAUGUAAUAUACUAUUAAAGUGGUUUUGAGGGGCGCUAAACUGGUUUAAAGGGAGGCAUUAAGAAUGAAACGGAUUCAACAGUUUUAAUAAGAACUUUCGAAUAACAGUAUAAGGCAUGCAAAAGCAAAAAACAAAUGAAAGUUAUAUAAUCAACCUGUCAGUAAAAAAAGCAUGUUGAAGAGGUUUUGCUCAUAAAUGUAUCCAAAAUAAACAAGCAAGCUUGUGAUUAUUGCAUUGGUCAUACACAUGAGAGCAGCUGUUCAUUUGUGCAUUUCAUGCUACACAUGCUGCAUGUCUGAAAUGUGACAAUGGCCACUGAUUUGUACUCUACCCCUAAAAUGACUUCUGCUGGAGUUACCUAAUCUAGUCAUAUUUCAAUAAAAAAAAUUCUGGAGGGCGCAAAAAUAUAUUUAACAUGUAAAAUGUAUUUUCUUGACAUGCAGCAGAGCAAAAAAGACCGGCACAGAGGAGCCGACCCGCUGAAGAAGGAGAAGGAAAUAACAUUAAAAACAUUUAUUAAUAAAUGUCCUCGAAAGGGACAAUUUUGUUACACAUGCAAUUUAAAAAAUGGAACUUGAAAAUCAACAAUACAUUCACAGGAAAACACUGUGGUUAAAGAUGUUUCUUGGGAUGUGCCUUGGAAUUCUAUGUUGCCUGAUAUAUUUUUCCUAUCUGGAAAGUGAAAUCAAGAAACAACUUCAAUACAGCUUAUUAUUCACGGACUUCAAACUUGUCAAACUUCUCGCCACAAACGUCUCCACCCCUGCUGAAAAAGUCUUAAAAAACAGUUCAAUGGAGUCUGCUUCACCAAAAAGUUCAUUUAAUCUCGAAUCAGGAAUCAAUUCAGAAAGUGAUUUCAAAUCACAACAGGCUCGACCACAAGAAUUGAUCACUGAUGUGUCCAUGAGUACAAGUCCAGCAAACUCCACGUUCCUCAUUCAGAACCUGAAGGACAGCUAUCAAAUAGGAGAGGAGCUUUGUGUUACUAUCCAUGCGAGAGAUUUUAACAACAAAUCCAAACGUUAUGGAGGGGACUUCUUUCAAGCCAAGCUGUUCUCAUCCAAAAAUCCCCAAAAGGCUAGUGUGUUUGGGGAGGUGAUGGACUUGUCAAAUGGCUCCUACUCUGUGUGUUUUCUUCUGCCGUGGGUGGGACAGGCACAGGUGGCCAUCCGUCUGAUCCAUUCCAGUGAAGCUGUGGAGGUCCUCAAGCAUCACAGAGAAACAGAUUCUGACAGGAUUUUCUUUAACGGAUAUUUUGAAGGACCAGCACCAGAUGGGGCCAGGUUGCGAGAAACAGUGAAGUGUAAUGUGAAGUACGACAAGAAUGGAUUGGAGAGGAUGAGAACUGGAGAUUGUUGCUGUGAAUACAAAGAUUCUCGUACUGGGGAGGAAUGGCGAUGUCAGAGACCCAAAAUCUUGCCAUGCAGUGCUCGCGUUUAUCACUCUAUGGGCGGCUAUAAAGACACCCUAACUGAAAAAGAGGCAAUUUUAUUGACAAAGGCCAACCAAUAUAUUUACCCAGGUGAAAAAAUCAUCAUCAACAUUGCUCCUUCCAAAAGAAAUGUCACUGAUGAAAGAAAGAAAUGUCGUCCUGGUUUGCACACACCAGUUCCAUCUGGCUUUUACCUGGAUGACGUGUGGACGUCCUUUGUGUGUAGAACACGUCAUUUUUCUCCCCGAAUAACAACACAGUGCCUGAAAGGCAAAGAAAUCUACAUGAUGGGAGAUUCUACCAUGAGACAGUGGUUUGACUUUUUGAUAAAAACUGUACCAACGUUGAAAAAGAUGGACCUGUAUAAACCUUACCAGACAGGGCCUUUACUAGCAGUGGAUGUGGAGAACAACAUUUUCUUAACCUGGAGGGCUCACGGUGUUCCUAUACGCUGUCAAAAAACAGAAAUCGCUAAUCUGCACUAUAUCAGUAAUGAGAUUGAGGAUCUGGCAGGAGGGCCUCACACAGUUAUUGCCUUUAAUCUGGGGGUCCAUUUCACCACAUUCCCUUCGGAUAUCUUCACCCGCAGAGUGUUGAGGAUCCGUAAAGCUGUCCUGGAUCUGUUACAGCGGGCCCCAGAAACUACUGUCAUAAUCAAGACCGUUAAUACUGGAUUUAAGGAUGUGUUUUCCAGUGACUGGUAUUGUAUGCAGUUGGACAGAAUUCUACGACAGCAUUUUCAGGAUGUUGGUGUUUAUAUUUUGGAUGUAUGGCAAAUGACAUCCUGUCACUACAACAAAGACAACAUUCAUCCAGGUCCCGUCAUCAUUAAAAAUGAGAUAGACAUUUUUCUUUCUUUUAUGUGCCCGGACUAAACAUAACCAUUCAGAAAGUGAAACAUAACGGUCUUGUUUUGAGAUACAGAGUGUAGACGUUGGAACAGGAAAUCUCACAUUCUAAGAACAGAUGUGUUCAGUGUUGAACCGUGACGUUUGAGGAUUGGUACAAAGUCUUCCUCCUGUUGUUUUCAACAACGUCAAUCAGCUUUUCUCUUUUUUUCAAGACUUGAUGAUAAAAUUCAUCCACUUGUUUUUUAAAUGACGUUUUCCGCAUUUCUACUUGUUUUUGAACUUUUUUGGGGGUUGGCGAACCAACCUCCUGUAUUUCCUCUUUACAAGACUGUUGGCGAACAACCCCCCAGAUGGCGGAAAGCUAGCAAAAAACAAAGCGCCCCCAUUUAGAAAAAAUAUAUGAUUCGGUCAGUUUUACUGUUACUCAAAUGAAUCUCUCCCAAUGAUUUACUGUACUGCCAGCCAGCGGUAUACUACUAGAAGGCGCCCCAACCCUGUGUAAGCACACGUUCGACUUCUUGCAGCAUGCGAAGGCUGCGCAGACAGUGUAUGACAUCGCAGAACUGAGACUUCUCUGUAAUCUUGAAUUACUCUUGUGAGAUUUGGAAAUCUCAUGUGGAUAGAUUCCACAUCUAUCCAUGAAGUCAAAUAUACAUAAUCUCAUCGGCCGACUUUUAUUGAAAAUCGAAUUUUUACGUUUUAAAUAUUAUUUUUUACAAUAGUUUAGGUCAUCCUAGAGGGCCUAGAUUAUGUGUUAAAUAAAUAGGAGGGAGAUCACAUGCUCAGUUAAAAGUAGCACAAAAUGAGAGAUGUGUCUAAACUAAGGACAUUUUGUGUGUUGGCCCAGAAAUAAAACAGAUUGUGUUGUUUUAAACAAAAACAGUGUUAGAAAAAAAAAUAAGUUUACUAUUUUAUUAGUUAAUAAUAUUGGUUCUGUUUUUCACUACACUGCAGUCACUCUGGGGCAUGACUCAGUAAAUUAGGGACUUUCAAUUAAUUUAAAGCAUUUGUUUUAUGACAGUUUUGCUAACCCUUCCUGUCACCCAUCAUCUGUAGUGCCCACGUGAUGUGAACUGUUAACUUCCUCAGUGAAUGGCAGAAUGUACAAUUCCAAAUGGGUUCUUGGGUCAUCGUUUCCUGUUCCUGAGUUUCGUUUUUUUAAGUUCUUGCUUUUUAUUCAGAUUAAACAUUUGCCUGAGUUUUGCCUGCACGUGCUAUUGACCCCUUGCCUGUUUAUUGGAUCACUUGCACUUCCUAAACUCUUCUCAAAGCUGAGCUUAAAUUCACAAACACAGCUUAUGCAUCACACAUACAAUAUUUGUAAGGCAUAUUUAGGGAUGACAUUCAAGGUUUUGUAAAGUUUGACAUCACUGUUGAUCACUGCUGUAUAUGUGUAUUUUACACGCAGUGUAUUAAACUGUAAAGUUGAAGUUAUCCUUAUAUGUAAAGAUAUGAAUGGAUACAUUUUAGAGUUAUUUUCUGUGUUCAUUAUUUGUGCUGGAAAGUGACUGACUGUAGUGAUAGUGUGAAGGGUAUUUAAAACGUGGAGUCAUGUUGCCGGAGUCAACAUUAUCAAGUUAAGGACACCAUCUGUAAGAAAUCGCUUCACCAGCACAAUUUUUUGUUCUAGUUCAGGCAGG